AUGCUUCUCGUGUACGAAGAUUCCCACAAGGAACAUUUAUCCUUUUUAACGGAUCUUGAAACUGAAGUGUUGAAAGAGUUUGGCCGUAUUUCUCUGAACUUCAUACGCAAGGGAAUCAACCCAAAGAUAUUUCAAGGCGCAGCUCAAAAACUUGGGGUGCCAGUAGAAACCGUACAGCAUGGUGUGGAAGGACUUAUGUACCUCCUCAUCGAGGGCUCCAGAUUUCUGCUGAAUGAGGUAGACUUCCAGGAUUCUCUGAUGACUUUAGGCUUCAGUGAAGAAACAAGAUCCACGUUGUUGGAGCUGUAUCUGGAGCACCGGCGGGAGGUCAGGCAGAUCUUAGAUGAUAUGAGCCUGGACUUGCCUCACUACCAUAACUUGGAGUGGAGAUUUGAUGUUCAGCUUGCUAGUCGAUCUUUACGACAUCAGGUGGCGCCGCUAGUUCUCCUAAAGCUACAGACAAAAGACGAUGAGGCAAAAAAGACGACAUUGCUGCAGACAGAUCCAGUCAAUCUGGUACACGUGACCCAUGUCUUAGAAGAAGCACUACAAGAAAUGAAAUCUGGUUAUUUCCGUCGAAUAGCUAGGAAUAUUAAAUAA